GGAAGUGACACGGCGGGGCGGGGAAGCGGCGGCAGCGGGCAUGGCAGCGCGGCGGGCGUGAGCGAGCGGCACCGGCACCGGCACCGGGCACCGGCACGGCCCGCAGGCUGCGGUGUCCCACAUGGGUCUCCUCGUGUUCUGCCCCUUCCUGCUGGUGCUGGUGCUGCCCGGGGGCAGCCGGGCAGAGCUGGAGAAGCAGCGGGUGGACUCCGGCUUGGAAAUCUACAAGAAGCUGUUCGAGGUGAAGCGCAAGGACCAGAUGAACGCCCUGAAGAACCUGAUCGAGCUCAACGACGUGAACCAGCAGUACAAAAUCAUCGACAUCAUGCUCAAGGGACUCUUCAAAGUGCUGGAGGACUCGCGGGCAGUGCUCAUAGCUGCGGACGUGCCCCCGGAUGGGCCUUUCCCUCAGGACGAGAAGCUGAAGGACGCCUACUCCCACGUGGUGGAGAACACGGCCUUCUUCGGGGACGUCGUCCUGCGCUUCCCCAAGAUCGUGCACCACUACUUCGACCGCAACUCCAACUGGAACAACCUCAUCCGCUGGGGCAUCGGCUUCUGCAACCUGACGGGCGUCUUCGAGCGGGGGCCCCACUCCCAGCUCCUGGGGCUGAUGGCUCAGGAGCUGGGCAUCAGCGAGAAGUCCCCCGAUUACCGCAAUCCCUUCAAAGCCGACCACUCUGAGUUCUUCCCCAGCGCUGACACCUUCCAGAAGGCGCUGCGCGAGGAGGAGAAGCGGCGGAGGAAGGAGGAGAAGCGCAAGGAGAUCCGCAAGGGCCCGCGCAUCUCACGCUCGCAGUCGGAGCUGUAAGCACCGGGCUGCACCUCCACGGGGCCGGCUGCGGGGUGAGGGCCGGGUCCUGUGCCCGCAGGGCUGCUCCCACCCGUGGGGCCGUGCCGCCUCCGCCCGCGGGUGGGCCGGGGAGCCCGCGGUGCUGCUGCUUGUGAGUUUUGGGGUGUUUUAUUGUGUUUUGUUGGCCCCGGUUAUCCCCGGUCGCUACCUCUGCCUGACCCCGUGUCCUGGGGGGCCGUUUUCCCAUACGGCCGGCGUUCCAGCUGCAGCCCCACAGUUGGGAGGCCGGCUCCCAGCCCCGCUGGGGGUGCCUGGCGGGGACAUUGGGGUUUGGGGCUCCCCACCGAGCCCCACUUUGGGGCCCCCAAGCAGCAGCGGGCCCACUGACGGCAUGGUGCUGGGGCACGGGCUGAGCCGCGCUGCCUUCAGGGACGGGGAGACGGCCUUCAGCGCCUCGAGCAGGGGCAGCUGGAGCGGGGCGCGCCUGGUUUCUCCCAAAUAAACCCCAAUUCUUGUUA